AUGGAUCCAAGUGGAAAUGAUGCUUAUGGAUACACUGCUGAAUGUUCAACCCAACGACCUAGAAGUUCAGCCCUGGCCAAGAGGCAGACACAUCUGAGCUCCAGUAAGAUCACCACAGCUGUUGACUCUUCAGUGUCUGUAUGGGUGCAUACCAAGGCUGUUUUCUCCUGCUAUACUUACCCAAUGAAGAAUCUUAUAAUGGCUAUGUGGAAAAUACUUCCCAGAGACAAAAUUCCAUGUAUCAUGACCUACAGAUCAGAUAAGAAUGAAACCAAGGAAACAAACUGUUCUGAUAAGAGGAUAACCUGGGAAUCUAGGCCUGAUCAGAAUCUUGCCCUCCAGAUAGACUCAGUGAAAACUGAAGAUGAUGGGUAUUACGAAUGCGUUAUUGCAACAUCUGAUGGGAUUUUCCAAUCUGGCCAUCAUCUCAACGUGUUAGUGCCUCCUGAAACAAUCUUGUCUGCAGAUGGGAAUGGGACUGUUAGGUGUGAAGCUUCUACUGGGAAGCCAGCUGCCCAGAUCUCAUGGGUCCCUGAGGGCUAUUGCCUCAGUGUGAACGAAACUCAUAGCGACAGGACAGUGACUGUGAAAAGUAUAUGUCACUGGGAUGGACUCAAUGAAACUGAGGUGACCUGCUUCAUUUUCCAUUUGACUGGCAACAAGAAUCUGUCCACAGAACUUCUACCUUCUCAUCUCAAGCAUUCCAGACUAUUGUUACUCUACAACAGCCUCUAUGUUCUCUUGGGCUUAAUGACCAUCAUAGGAUUCAUCCUCAUUUGGAAGGUUGUUUGCCACAGGUGA